AUCCUCUAGCAAACCAGAAUGGCUUGGGUUAUCAAACGAAAGAACGUAGCCAAAACAGAGCUCUGAUUGCAGUUUUAAUCAAGUGUGUUCUUGAUCGCGCCAUUCGGUGUAUGUUUCGUACAAUCAGUAUAAAACAUCCCUCCGCGUAUCCCAGAGACAUCAUUCUGUUUGAACCUCCAGUUGGCUCGUUGUGUUAAAAAGUGCGCUGCAGCAAUGAAGCUGCGCAUUGGUUUAAUCGUAUUUUUUGCUCUUCUCUAUGUUGCUGCAAGUGAUGGUGGGCCUAAUGAUGGCGAAGUUAAUCCGUCGGUGGAUGGGAUGCUACAGAUACUCGCGGGCAAGUUGGAGGCGAUGGAGCAUAGACUGCAAGGAAUGGAGAGGCAGCUUCGAAAGGUGGAAGGUUACUCGUGCAAAAAUGUUUCAUCGAGUGUAUCUGGGACGUAUCUGAUCCGUGUGAAGAAUAAUAGUGAACCGUUUGAAGUGUAUUGUGAACAGGAAACGUUUGGAGGUGGAUGGAUCGUAUUUCAGUACCGUUACGACGGAUCACUGGACUUUUAUCGUGGGUGGAAUGAGUUCCGCGACGGGUUUGGUGAUUUAAACAAAGAGUUUUGGUUGGGUCUUGAGAAGGUCCACCAGAUUACAAGUGGCCGUAAGCACGAACUCAUUAUUGAAUUGAAAGACUUUAAUGGAACUUAUAAAUAUGCGCGGUUUAAUGCCUACGAAAUAGGUAGUGAAAGUGACCAAUAUGACGUGAAGGCUAUCGGAAAGUAUAGUGGUACUGCAGGUGAUCGGAUGUCCCAUUAUAAGGAUAGGAAGUUCUCAACCAAAGAUCGCGAUAAUGAUGAGAGCAGCAGACAUUGUGCACAAUACAUGGAAGGUGCAUGGUGGCACUGGUUUUGUGCUGACUCUGUUUUGAACGCCCGAUACAUGAAUGCUGAGAACGAAAAAUCAAUGCAUUGGUAUUAUUUCCAUGGCAACUAUCAAGGAUUGAGUUACUCGCGAAUGAUGAUCCGUGAGCUGGAAUAG